AUGGCCAUGGUCACCUGUAAAACACAUUCCUUCCAUGUUGGGGGUGAUAGUGUGAGCAACCACACGGGAGCAAGUCUCAGAGGUUGGAAAGAAGUAACUUCUCUGUUUAAUAAAGAUGACGAACAGCAUCUGAUCCAGACGUCCAAAUCUCCCAAGUCCAAAGGAAGUAACCUCCGACUAAAAGAAGAGUUGAAGGCAGAGAAGAAAUCAGGAUUUUGGGACACUUUGGUUCUGAAACAGAAUGUCCAGCCUAAAAAACCAGACCAGAUCGAAGGUUGGGACCCUCCCAUACUUACUGCUGAAGAUGUGGUAGCUGACACCGAGGAUGGUAGCAGUGGCUGCCCACCCUGGUCUGGCUGGGAGGAUGAUACCAAGGGUUCUAGCAAGUACACCAGCCUGGCCAACUCAGCUAGCAGCUCCCGCUGGAGCCUCCGGUCAGCAGGGAAGCUGGUCAGCAUCCGGCGACAGAGCAAGGGUCACCUAACAGAUACCUGUGAGGAGGUAGAAUGAACCGAAGGAGCUUCACUGUGACAUCACAUUGCUUUU